UGGCAGUUACGUUGUGAUCCUUGAGCGAGUAUCAAGACCAAGUGAAUUAGUAAUCGUUGCGAAGCGCGCGUUGAUAACACGUUGUUUUUGUAACUUGUGUAGCAAAGAAACGUGCCGUAUGUGAUAAAUAAUAAAUAUUAUGAUGAACAUACUGUGAUGUGGAUUUGUGUGAACUGUGAUUUAUUUGUUUUUGGAUAUUAAAUUAAUUUAUAGGUGGCAAGUACCAGGACAUCAUCAUGUUCGAGUGCUUCUUAGAAAUCGGCUUCGAGGCCGAGCUCAACACGAAGGAGGACCCGGAGUUAAUGGAGAUCGCUUACGAACAAUGCAAAGAGAAUGUAGCUACUAGGGCAACAGCCAUUACCGAACUUAGGAAAAUGAUAUUUGCACGCGGUGAAUGUCACCCCUUGCGGACGGACGAUGAGUACCUGCUGAGAUUUCUGCGAGCCAGGGAGUUUAUUGUACCAAGAGCGCAUAAACUGAUGGUUCGAUACUGCACGUUCAGAGAGCAGAACAAGCACCUGUACGAGGGCGUUGACCUCUGGGGGCUGGUCAAAGUCAAGGACGCGUAUGAAGGCACCAUGCUGGACAGGCCAGAUACUGGGAGACUGUCCGUAUUUAGAUUCGGACGUUGGGAUCCAAACGAGUUUCCAGUAGAAGACCUAGUUCGCGCCGGGAUGGCGAUGACGGAGAUAGGACUCCGGCAGCCGAAGCUUCAGAUCCUCGCUGGAACAGUCAUAGUAGACCUGGAGGGCAUCUCAUAUCGACACGUGGCCACCUUGACUCCUACGGUUGCUUACCAAAUCGUGUGUUUAAUGGGGGUUGCAAUACCAGGUCGCAUCAAAGGUGUCCACAUCAUCAACUACUCCUGGAUUCUGAACACCUUCUUCUAUCUCUUCAAGAAGUUCAUUCCUCAAGAAGCCUGGCAGUACAUUCAUUUCCAUGGCAGCGACCUCAAGUCUUUGCAUAAGCAUUUGGACCUUGAGGUCUUGCCGGAGAGGUAUGGGGGUACCUACAGAGGAGUAUCCUCAUUUGGCAUCUGGCUGAACAAGAUAAAGAAGUACAGAGAUGAACAGUUUGAUCGGGAAAUGAAGCAGCUAGGUUAUGUCAUAAAAGAGUGAUUUGUGAUUUCAAAACGGACUUUGUAGCCUGUGAAAGACGUUGUAAACAGAUGUUUUAUUUCACAAAAGCAGGUGAACCAUGCCUGUGUGCGUAAAUUUUUAUCUUUGCAACUUACUAUCUUUGUAAUUCUAAACUCGAAAGCGUUCAGUAGUGGCCGAGUCAUGUGCACGCACGUUUACGCACACUUGCACGGCAUGCCCGCUUUCGUGAAAUAAAAAUCUAUGUAUUUUUA